UGCCCAGUGCAACUAACAUUAGAAGAGGAUGGCCUUCAGUCAUCAGAGCUGGUGGUUGGCCAAGUGUCCAGCUUCAAGAAGUCUGCUGGUCAGAAGGUAAGAUAAAGUCCCUGUGUAUCAGACUGGCUCUCAUCCAAUGGCUCAGAAUGGCUCUCAAUGAAUUGCACACAGAAUGACAAGCUCAGUACAUUAAUGCAUUAUAGCCCAAACAUGGUUUUGUCAUUGUUUUUGAAUGCUUAUUUUCCUGAUAGAAUCAAGAUUGAGGUAAGAGGGGGAAUCUGGAUCAAUGGGGUCAUUGUUGAACCCAGUGCAGCGUCCUCCUUCUCCUGUAGCCACUGACAUGAUUUUGCAGUUAUUUUUCAUUUGGCAGUGUUGGCCUCUUUAACAUUCAUUACAGCUAGAAAAGCAAGCAUUUAUGCUGUUGCCUUUUCCUAAUCAACAUGCCCUAAUGUCAUAACCCGGAUCUGUAGUCUAUCCACUCUUCCACUGUAAUUCAAUGUAGAGGGGCUGCUCUACUGGUGCUACAGCCAUUUAACUUAAUUUCAGGUCUGCAGUGGCCAAUAUCCUGAGUCACACAAUGUCCAUUAGCUUCACUGGCACUUCCAGACAUCCCCCCCCCCUUAAAUUGUCUGGCUGGAGCCAAUAGCAGCCUCUUUGCAGUUUUCAUACAGUAAGGACAUUUUUACUACCUCCAGCUCUAAGUUUAUGGGAUCCUCAUACAACCAGCCCUCUUCUAAAAGGAAGGUGGGGGGGGGGGGGGUAGCUCCGACUAGGAAAAAUUGUUUGAACGGUCAUCCAACUCGGAAUUCCAAGUGGGAAACUCAGGCAUCUUUCUAGAGUUCCCAGUUGUCUUGAAAGCACCAUAAGGAGACGAGUGAACCAAUGACAAGGAGGGUCAAGCAGGGAGAAAUGUACCUGCCUUUAAUGAGAUGCUUCAUGUUUGAGAUUUCUAGUUGAUUGUUCUCACACACUGAAUUGGUUCCAAAAUAAGCAACACAUAGUAACUAUUAAGGAAGAAAACCAGGUUAACCAAUUGAAAUGUGAACCAUGUAUGCACUUUGCAAGAAUACCACAAUUAUGGUUAGGCAUGAUUAGCACCAAGCACCUUUUUACCUCAAAUACAUUUUUGAGUUUUCCCUCGCUUAUUGUAUGGUACUAUUGUAACUGUUUACUGUCUUGUCUUCCCCUAGGCUGCACAAUGCAAGGUGAUUGGGGACAAGCUUCAGUUCUCCCUCAGUGCCUCACCAUCAGCCAUGUCUCCAGGAGAGCCCUGUAGGUACAGCGUGAAGAUAUCUACACUUGAACUCCAGGUAAAUGAACACAACAGUUCUGUUCACUACAUCUGCAGCUAUAAUCUAUCCCGGGGCUCCUGGUUGUCUCCCUGCGUUGUCUUAAUGGAGGAAGCGCUGAUUUAUUGAACGUGACGCACUUCAGCAUAGCUUCUCUUCUGCUACGAGUAUCAGAUUAAAUGGCGAGGACCCAGAGGUUAAUAAAUGUCCUGGAGACCUUGUUUAGAAUGGCGCCGGAGGAGAUGGCUGCCGUUUUACGGGCUCCUAACCAAUUGUGCUAUUAUGUGUGUUUUUUCACGUUAUUUGUAACUUAUUUUGUACAUAAUGUUUCUGCCACUGUCUCUUAUGGCUUACCUGGUUAAAUAAAGGUAAAAUAAAAAGUAACAAAUUAUGACCGAAAAGAGCUUCUCUAUAUCAGGACAGCGAUUACUCACCUCGUACUGGACAAAUAUUUUUUUUUAAACGAGUCGGUCGCAAAGGAUUUUCUUCAGACACCCGACAAGGCCCAAAACCCUGUCAUUCGCAUGAGAAAGAGACAGAGAUAUCAGGGACAUAGGUCGGAGUGCCUUGUAAGGAUCCGACGGCGAGUUGGUAAUCUGCCUCUACUAUCAGUCCUAUUAGCCAACGUACAAUCAUUGGAUAGCAAAAUAGACUAACUACGAUCAUGGAUAUCCUACCAACGGGACAUUAGAAACUGUUUCACCGAGUUGUGGCUGAACGACGACAUGGAUAACAUACAGCUGGCGGGAUAUACACUUCAUCGGCAAGAUAGAACAACUGCCUCCGAUAAGACAAGGGGUGGCGGUCUGUGUAUAUUUGUAAACAACAGCUGGUGCACAACAUUUUAUAUUAAGGAAGUCUCAAGGUUUUGCUCGCCUGACGUAGAGUAUCUCAUGAUAAGCUAUAGACCACACUGUUUACCAAGAGAGUUUUCAUCUAUAUUUUUCGUAGCUGUCUAUUUACCACCACAAACCAAUGCUGGCACUAAGACCGCACUCAAUGAGCUGAAUAAGGCCAUAAGCAAACAGGAAAAUGCUCAUCCAGAGGCGGUGCUCCUUGUGGCCGGGGAUUUUAAUGCAGGGAAACUUAAAUCUGUUUUACCUAAUUUCUACCAGCAUGUUAAAUGUGCAACCAGUGGGGGGGGGAAAUCGAGACCACCUUUACUCCACACACAGAGACGCGUACAAAGCUCUGCCUUGCCCUCCAUUUGGCAAAUCUGACCAUAACUCUAUCCUCCUGAUUCCUGUUUACAAGCAAAAACUAAAGCAGGAAGCACCAGUGACUCGGUCAAUAAAGAAGUGGUCAGAUGACGCAGAUGCUAAGCUACAGGACUGUUUUGCUAGCACAGACUGGAAUAUGUUCCGGGAUUCUUCCGAUGGCAUUGAGGAGUACACCACAUCAGUCACUGGCUUCAUCAAUAAGUGCAUCAAUGACGUCGUCCCUACAGUGACCCGUAUGUACAGUACCAGUCAAAUGUUUGGACACACAUACUCAUUCAAGGGGUUUUCUUUAUUUGUUACUAUUUUCUACAUUGUAGAAUAAUAGUGAAUACAUCUAAACUAUGAAAUAACACAUAUGGAAUCAUGUAGUAACCAAAAAAGUGUUAAAGAAAUCAAAAUAUAUUUUAUAUUUGAGAUUCUUCAAAUAGCCACCCUUUGCCUUGAUGACAGCUUUGCACACUCUUGGCAUUCUCUCAACCAGCUUCACUUGGAAUGCUUGUGGAGGCCAGGUCAUGUGAUGCAGCACUCUAUCACUCUCCUUCUUGGUAAAAUAGCAUCCGUUCACCCACACUGCGUCUCACAAAGAAACAGCGGUUGGAACCAAAAAUCUCCAAUUUGGACUCCAGACCAAAUGACACAUUUCCACUGUUCUAAUGUCCGUUGCUCGUGUUUCAUGGCCCAAGCAGGUCUCUUCUUAUUAUUGGUGUCCUUUUGUAGUGGUUUCUUUGCAGGAAUUUGACCAUGAAGGCCUGAUUCACACAGUCCCCUCUGAACAGUUGAUGUUGAGAUGUGUCUGUUACUUGAACUCUGUGAAGCAUUUAUUUGGGCUGCAAUUUUCUAAUGAACUUAUCCUCUACAGCAGAGGUAACUCUGGGUCUUCCAUUCCUGUGGCGGUCCUCAUGAGAGCCAGUUUCAUCAUAGCGCUUGAUGGUUUUUGCGACUGCACUUGAAGUCUUAAUGUUCCAUAUUGACUGACCUUCAUGUCUUAAAGUAAUGAUGGACUGUCGUUUCUCUUUGCUUAUUUGAGCUGUUCUUGCCAUAAUAUGGACUUGGACAAAAUAGGGCUAUCUUCUAUGUACCCCCCCCCCACCUUGUCACAACACAACUGAUUGGCUCAGACGCAUUAAGAAGGAAAGAAAUUCCAACUUUUUAAGAAGGCACACCUGUUAAUUGAAAUGCAUUCCAGGUGACUACCUCAUGAAGCUGGUUGAGAGAAUGCCAAGAGUGUGCAAAGCUAUCAUCAAGGCAAAGGGUGGCUAUUUUGAAGAAUUUGUUUAACACUUUUUUUGGGUUACUACAUGAUUCCAUGUGUUAUAUCAUAGUUUUGAUGUCUUCACUAUUAUUCUACAAUUUAAAAAGUAGUACAAAUAAAGAAAACCCCUUGAAUGAGUAGGUGUGUCCAAACUUUUGACUGUUAGUGUACAUACCCCAACCAGAAGCCAUGGAUUACAGGCAACAUCCGCACUGAGCUAAAGGGUAGAGCUGCCGCUUUCAAGGAGCGGCACUCUAACCCGGACGCUUAUAAGAAAUCCCGCUAUACCCUCCGACGAACCAUCAAACAGGCAAAGGGUCAGUACAGGACUAAGAUUGAAUCGUACUACACCGGCUCCGGCGCUCGUCGGAUGUUGCAGGGCUUGCAAACUAUUAGACUACAAAGGGAAGCAAAGCCGCAAGCUGCCCAGUGACACGAGCCUACCAGACCAGCUAAAUUGCUUCAAGAUAAGCAACACUGAAGCAUGCAUUAGAGCAUCAGCUGUUCCGGACGACUGUGUGAUCAUGAUCUCCGUAGCCGAUGUGAGUAAGACCUUUAAACAGGUCAACAUUCACAAGGCCGCAGGGCCAGACGGAUUACCAGGACGUGUACUCCGAGCAUGCGCUGAGCAACUGGCAAGAGUCUUCACUGACAUUUUCAACCUGUCCCUGACUGAGUCUGUAUUACCAACAUGUUUCAAGCAUACCACUAUAGUCCCUGUGCCCAAGAACACUAAGGUAACCUGCCUAAAUGUCUACCGACCCAUAGCACUCACGUCUGUAGCCAUGAAAUGCUUUGAAGGGCUGGUCAUGGCUCACAUCAAGACCAUUAUCCCAGAAACCCUAGACCCGCUCCAAUUUGCAUACCGCCCCAACAGAUCCACAGAUGAUGCAAUCUCUAUUGCACUCCACACUGCCCUUUCCCACCUGGACAAAAGGAACACCUACGUGAGAAUGCUAUUCGUUGACUACAGCUCAGCGUUCAACACCAUAGUGCCCUCAAAGCUCAUCACUAUGCUAAGGACCCUGGGACUAAACACCUCCCUCUGAAACUGGAUCCUGGACUUCCUGAUGGGCAGCACCCAGGUGGUAAGGGUAGGUAACAACACAUCUGCCACGCUGAUCCUCAACACGGGGGCCCCUCAGGGGUGCGUGCUCAGUCCCCUCCUGUACUCCCUGUUCACCCAUGACUGCAUGGCCAGGCACAACUCCAACACCAUCGCUAAGUUUGCCGACGACAAAACAGUGGUAGGCCUGAUCACCGACAACGAUGAGACAGCCUAUAGGGAGGAAGUCAGAGACCUGGCCGUGUGGUGCCAGGAUAACAACCUCUCUCUCAACGUGAUCAAGACAAAGGAGGUGAUUGUGGACUACAAGAAAAAGAGGACAGAGCACGCUCCCAUUCUCAUCGACGGGGCUGUAGUGAAGCUGGUUGAGAGCUUCAAGUUCCUUGGUGUCCAAUCACCAACAAACUAUCAUGGUCCAAACACACCAAGACAGUCGUGAAGAGUGCACGACAAAGCCUAUUCCCUCUCAGGAGACUGAAAAGAUUUGGCAUGAGUCCUCAUAUCCUCAAAAGGUUCUACAGCUGCACCAUCGAGAGCAUCCUGACUGGUGACAUCACUGCCUGGUAUGGCAACUGCUCGGCCUCUGACCGCAAGGCACUACAGAGGGUAGUGCAUACGGCCCAGUACAUCACUGGGGCCAAGCUUCCUGCCAUCCAGGACCUCUAUACCAGGCGGUGUCAGAGGAAGGCCCUAAAAAUUGUUAAAUACUCCGGCCACCCUAGUUUUAGACUGUUCUCUCUGCUACCGCACGGCAAGUCUAGGUACAAAAAGCUUCUUAACAGCUUCUACCCCCAAGCCAUAAGACUCCUGAACGGCUAAUCAAAUGGCUACCCAGAUAUUUGCAUUGUUCCCCCCCACCCCCUCUUUUACGCUGCUGCUACUCUCUGUUUAUUAUCUAUGCAUAGUCACUAACUCUACCUACAUGUACAUAUUACCUCAUGUACCGGUACCCCCUGUAUAUAGCCUCGCUACUGUUAUUUUACUGCUGCUCUUUAAUUAUUUUUAUUUUGUAGUUGUUUUUUACUUCACUUAUUUUUCUUAACUGCAUUGUUGGGUAAGGGCUUGUAAGUAAGCAUUUCACUGUAAGGUCUAAACCUGUUGUAUUUGGCGCAUGUGAUCAAUAAAAUGUGAUUUGAUUUGAAAAUACUGGAGGGGAUUAGUUCCCAGCUCCCUCACUUCUUGGUUAAGGUGGCCCACUUUCCCUACUACCUCUCAUACUAAUGGAAUUAAGAAUUUUCCAAAAAGUAAAGGUCAUGACGUUGAGUGAUGGUCCCUCUUUCAUGCAAAACAAAGUAGAGAUGGCUUGAUUCAUCUAUUUUAGUAGCACGGCCCAUAACUGACGUGGCACGAUUUACAGUCAAAUCUCAGGCUCACCCACAAUGUUUACGUAAUCAAGCCUUUUUCUCUCUGCUUGAACUAAAGCUAUUUUGAAACCAAUAAGGUGCUUUACUUGUUGCCUCAUUGUGGUCCUGAUCGGAUUCUGCCAUAAAUACAAGUCCAGUGAGUGGUUAAUUGGAUACUUUGGGGAUUUUGGCAAUGAGGCCCUUUAUCUACUUUCCCAGAGUCAGAUGAACUCGUGGAUACCAUUUUUAUGUCUCUGUGUCCAGUAUGAGGGAAGUUCUAAAAUGGAUUAAAUUGUUUUUUUCUCCCUCAUCAAUCUACACACAAUACCCCAUAAUGACAAAGCAAAAACAGGUUCUUAGACAUUUUUUAAUGGAAAUAUUACAUUUACAUAAGUAUUCAGACCCUUUACUCAGUACUUUGUUGAAGCACCUUUGGCAGCGAUUACAGCCUUCUUGGGUAUGCCGCUACAAGCUUGGCACACCGGUUUCAUCAGACCAGAGAAUCUUGUUUCUCAUGGUCUGAGAGUCCUUUAGGUUCCUUUUGGCAAACUCCAAGCGGGCUGCUAUGUGCCUUUUUAUUGAGGAGUGGCUUCCAUCUGGCCAUAAAGGCCUGAUUGGUGGAGUGCUGCAGAGAUGGUUGUCCUUCUGGAAGGUUCUCCCAUCUCCACAGAGGAGCUCUGUCAGAGUGACCAUCGGGUUCUUGGUCACCUCCCUGACCAAGGCCCUUCUCCCCCGAUUGCGCAGUUUGGCCGGGCAGCCAGCUCUAGGAAGAGUCUUGGUGGUUCCAAACUACUUCCAUUUAAGAAUGAUGGAGGCCACUGAGUUAUUGGGGACCUUCAAUGCUGCAGAAAUUGUUAGGUACCCUUCCCCAGAUCUGUGCCUCGACACAAUCCUGUCUCAGAGCUGUACGGACAGUUCCCUCGACCUCAUGGCUUGGUGUUUGCUCUGACAUGCACUGUCAACUGUGGGACCUUUUAGAUACAGUUGUGUGCCUUUCCAAAUAAUGUCCAAUCAAUUGAAUUUACCACAGGUGGACUCCAAUCAAGUUGUAAAAUAUCUAAUGGAUGAUCAAUGGAAACCGGAUGCACCUGAGCUCAAUUUCGAGUCUCAUAGCAAAGAGUCUGAAUACUUAUGUAAAUAAGGUAUUUCUGUUUUUUAUGUUAAUACAUUUGCAAACAUUUCUAAAAACCUUUUUUCGCUUUGUCAGUAUGGGGUAUUGUGUGUAGAUUGAUGAGGAACGUUUUUAAUUUAAUCCAUUUUAGAAUAAGUCUGUAACGUAACAAAAUGUGGAAAAAGUCAAGGGAUCUGAAUACUUUCCAAAUGCAACAUUACUUAAGUCCACUUGUACUGUGCUUUAUGUAACACUUAGGCCUACACUGUUUCCAGUCUGACCGAAAUCUACUUUUACUGAUCAAACCGCUAUCAAUUUUGCUUAAUUCAGGCAUUUUAACAGGGUAUUUCAGUGGUAUCAGACAAAGCCUUUGUUUGGUAACACUGAGUUGGCUGUACAGCCAGAGCAGAGUCUAGGCGUUCUGGGACAGGAUGGCCCAGGGCUGUGGCGGUCAUGGCAUUUUGUCAGCCGCUGAAACAAGCCACUGAUGCAGACCUUUGGAACAUCUACAUUUUAAAAAGUAUAUUAAAUCCAUUUAAUAUAGCCUACACCAUCACAAUAAAUCCAUUAUUUAUUUUAGACAGCUCUAAAGAAACCUGUUAUGAAGAAAAUGUAGUCUAUUUCAGAAGAACAGCAUAGCAUACUCUGAGUUGUCCUUAUGUUAAGCCCUGAUCUGGCUAUGCCAUAUGGCUGUGGGCUUCACUAGUUAAUUUAGCAGACAAGAUUUGCUUACAAUUCCUUGGCAUUAUUUUAUAUUAUAGUAUGAAGAAUACAAUUAAACAUGGCUGAAUAAAAUAUAAAUGAUGUUUUCUCCAACCGUUUUCCUUGGGAGUCCGCACAUGUGGCUAUUCUGUGUUGAGCGGUUAACAAAGAAACAGGUCCUCCUAUAUGCUUAAUUUAGAGUUAUUUAUGCAACUUUAGUUGUGAUACAAACAUGCCCCCCAAAAAUAUCCAUGCGUUGUGCCCUUGGGCUGAAUAUAAUAAUAUAAUUCCCUCCUCCCGGUUGUCAAUUGUAGUGCUCCGAAGCACCUCUCACUCUCAUGGCUCUCUCAGACAGUGUUGCCAACUCCCCAGUAAGGAAAGUAGCUAUUGGCUGUCCUAAAAGUCGCUAAAUGAUGUCAUCACCUAAUUUGCAUAAUUGGCCAUGUGCAUGUAAUUGUGAUGGACGCUGUAGGAGAGAGGAAUAACGCUGUGGGAGAGACAAAAAGUGAGUAAAAAAAACACCCUACAUUUACAUCCCGCCCUGAAUGUAAGCCAGGGCGGGAUCAGCCAGCGGCGGCUUCCCGCAUGUGCGAUUCAUUUGCAGUCUGGACGUGGAGGGGUGAACAUCUCCUGCUCUGACUGCAGCUGGGAGGGACUGCGCCGCCUGUGAGUGCUUUGGGACGGGCUGCUCGUUGAGAAAAGGAGGAACGAUACGUGCUUUCACGUCAGUCUCCAAUAACACCAGAAAAAGUCGCUAGAUAACACUUUUUUUUUUUAAAGCGAUGAUAAACUAUGUUGAUAAACUAUUAGGCUAUUUCUUCACAUAAGCGCAGCAAUGCACACACGGCAGUAGGCUAUAAGCGGGAUUGUUCCAAAAUGCAAUCAAUUAGCGGGAAAACACUGUUCUCAAAAGCGACCGCAAAUGUGAUUAUGCAUGUAAUGCUUUAUGCCCAGUCAAAGCCAUUCGCUGCUCUGGCACCCCAAUGGUGGAACAAGCUCCCCCACGACGCCAGGACAGCGGAGUCACUGACCACCUUCCGGAGACACUUGAAACCCCACCUCUUUAAGGAAUACCUGGAAUAGUAUCAAGUAAUCCUUCUUCCCCCACCCCCCAUACAUUUUUUUUUUUUUAAAGGUGGUUGUCCCACUGGCUAUCAUAAAUUGAAUGCACCAAUUUGUAAGUCGCUCUAUAAAGGUGCAUUUCUAUGGUGAAAAUGAUAUUCCCCAAACUUGAAACUCACGUGCCGCCUAUGCAUGCCAGUUAGGUUCUACACCAGUUGUAAAGUGGAUUAAUGUGCUUAAUUUUCAGAAGUUAUUUGGCCACUUUAGUUGUGAUACAAACCUUAUCAAAACAUGAGGUGUGCGACUAUGAUUUGAAAAAAUCCCCAAAAAAGGCAUGCACUGUUUCUUGCCCUACUGCACACGCUGGGCAUCAUUCGCAAGUGAUAAUAUUGUCACCCAUCAGACUAUUCUUAAUUGAAUGUCUCCACAUAUACUAAGUAAUAUACACUACCGGUAAAAAGUUUUAGAACACCUACUCAUUCAAGCGUUUUUCUUUAUUUUUACUAUUUUCUACAUUUUAAAAUAAUAGUGAAGACAUCAAAACUAUGAAAUAACACAUAUGGAAUCAUGUAGUAACCAAAAAAGUGUUAAUCAAAUCAAAAUAUAAUUUAUAUUUGAGAUUCUUCAAAUACCCACCGUUUGCCUUGAUGACAGCUUUGCACACUCUUGGCAUUCUCUCAACCAGCUUCACCUGGAAUGCUUUUCCAACAGUCUUGAAGGAGUUCCCACAUAUGCUGAGCACUUGUUGGCUGCUUUUCUUUCACUCUGCCGUCCGACUCAUCCCAAACCAUCUCAAUUUGGUUGAGGUCAGGGGAUUGUGGAGGCCAGGUCAUCUGAUGCAGCACUCUGCCACCAUCCUUCUUGGUAAAAUAGCCCUUACACAGCAGGGAGGUGCAGACCACCAUAGUCCCUGUGCCCAAGGACUCUAAGAUAACCUGCCUGAAUGACUACCGACCCGUAGCACUGACGUCUGUAGCCAUGAAGUGCUUUGAAAGGCUGGUCAUGGCUCACAUCAACAGCAUUAUCCCAGAAACCCUAGACCCACUCCAAUUUGCAUACCGCCCCAACAGAUCCACAGAUGAUGCAAUCUCUAUUGCACUCCACACUGCCCUUUCCCACCUGGACAAGAGGAACACCUACGUGAGAAUGCUAUUCAUUGACUACAGCUCAGCAUUCAACACCAUAGUGCCCUCUAAGCUCAUCACUAAGCUAAGGAUCCUGGGACUAAACACCUCCCUCUGCAACUGGAUCCUGGACUUCCUGACGGGCCGCCCCCAGGUGGUAAGGGUAGGUAACAACACAUCUGCCACACUGAUUCUCAACACGGGGGCCCCUCAGGGGUGCGUGCUCAGUCCCCUCCUGUACUCCCUGUUCACCCAUGACUGCAUGGCCAGGCACGACUCCAACACCAUCAUUAAGUUUGCUGACGACACAACAGUGGUAGGCCUGAUCACCGACAACGAUGAGACAGCCUAUAGGGAGGAGGUCAGAGACCUGGCCGUGUGGUGCCAGGACAACAACCUCUCCCUCAACGUGACCAAGACAAAGGAGAUGAUUGUGGAUUACAGGAAAAAAAAGAGGACUGAGCACGCCCCCAUUCUCAUCGACGGGGCUGUAGUGGAACAGGUUGAGAGCUUCAAGUUCCUUGGUGUCCACAUCACCAACGAACUAUCAUGGUCCAAACACACCAAGACAGUCGUGAAGAGGGCACGACAAAGCCUAUUCCCCCUCAGGAGACUGAAAAGAUUUGGCAUGGGUCCUCAGAUCCUCAAAAAAUUAUACAGCUGCACCAUCGAGAGCAUCCUGACUGGUUGCAUCACCGCCUGGUAUGGCAACUGCUUGGCCUCCGACCGCAAGGCACUACAGAGGGUAGUGCGUAGGCCCAGUACAUCACUGGGGCCAAGCUUCCUGCCAUCCAGGACCUCUAUACCAGGCGGUGUCAGAGGAAGGCCCUCAAAAUUGUCAAAGACUCCAGCCAGCCUAGUCAUAGACUGUUCUCUCUGCUACCGCACGGCAAGCGGUACCGGAGUGCCAAGUCCAGGUCCAAAAGGCUUCUCAACAGCUUCUACCCCCAAGCCAUAAGACUCCUGAACAGCUAAUCAUGGCUACCCGGACUAUUUGCACUGCCCCCCCACCCCAUCCUUUUACGCUGCUGCUACUCUGUUAAUUAUUUAUGCAUAGUCACUUUAACUCUACCCACAUGUACAUAUUACUUCAACUACCUCAACUAGCCGGUGCCCCCGCACAUUGACUCUGCACCGGUACCCCCCUGUAUAUAGCCUCCCUACUGUUAUUUAAUUUUACUUCUGCUCUUUUUUUCUCAACACUUUUUUUUGUUAAAGAAAUGCACUGUUGGUUAAGGGCUGUAAGUAAGCAUUUCACUGUAAUGUACCGGAGUGCCAAGUCUAGGUCCAAAAGGCUUCUUAACAGCUUCUACCCCCAAGCCAUAAGACUCCUGAACAGCUAAUCAAAUGGCUACCCGGAAUAUUUGCAUUGUUACCCCCACCCCCUCUUUUACGCUGCUGCUACUCUGUUUAUUGUUUAUGCAUAGUCACUUUAAUUCUGUAAGGUUGUAUUCGGCGUAUGUGGCAAAUAAAAUUUUAUUUGAUUUCCAGGUGACUACCUCAUGAAGCUGGUUGAGAGAAUGCCAAGAGUAUGCAAAGCUGUCAUCAAGGCAAAGGGUGGCUAUUUGAAGAAUCUCAAAAAGUAACUUUUAACAAGGCACACCUGUUAAUUGAAAUGUAUCAAAAUAUAUUUUGAUUUGUUUAACACUUUUUGGGUUACGACAUGAUUCCAUAUAUGUUAUUUCAUAGUUUUGAUGAAAUAACAUAGUACGUGUUCUAAAACUUUUGACCGGUAGUGUAUGUGUGAAAUUAGUUUGGAUUUAGGAUGGACCAUUAUCAUGCAACUGUCUCGGAACAAAAAAAUUAAUGUAAUCUAUGCACUUAAAUAGCGAAUGGAGGAUGCUUUUCCUGUGGUUCAUUUUCAUGCUAGCCAAUUAGGCUAUACUCCUGUUGUAAAGCGAAGCAAUGUGUUUAAUAUUAGGAAAGUGGAUAAAUAAAUAUAGUAAGCCUAUAGAAAGCUGAUGAGAUCCUCUUUUUAAUAGAGGCCAUCAACUCUGUUUUCUCACACAAUUGCGUAGCCUAUAGAAAUGUUGCGCAACAUGACCUCAUGGGCUCUCAUGAAGUGUUUGAUUAGAUUUCCGAUCACAUUUGCAUUGAUGUCCGAGUGAUUAGAGGGACAAUAGAGUACUGAGUACCAGGCAGUUAGCAAGUUUUGUAGGCUACUAAUUAACCUAGUUACCGUGACUAAACGGUCAUGUGGAAUUUGACUGCAGUCAUGACUCGUGACCGCCGGUUAUACGGUCACCGUAACAGCCCUAGGAUGGCCCAGUCACUAGUACACAGUCCUCCCUCUCUGUCGAUCACCCCCACUCUCGCUCCCUGUCUCUCACUUAGUCUCUCUGUGCUGGACUGCUCAAUUACAGCUCAUUGUGUUGGCUUGCACUCUGAGCAGUGUGUGUGUGACUGUGUUGUUGCUUAUGGUGGUUCUGUUGCCCUCUGUUCCCCAGUUGAACUUGCAGAUGAGGGAGGCUGAAGGUCAGGUCCAGGUGGGCUGGGGGGUGUCCCAUCUGGAGACAUGGGACCUGCAGCUCACCCCCAUCUUCACACCGGUACGGCCCAUAGCCCACUGUCUCAGUUGUAGUGUUAAAGAGGCAAUACACAUUUGAAAAACAAAGUAAGCGCUUCAAUACUUCUUGUGUGUAAACUGCAAACCUGAACAUAAUUCUUUAUGAUGUAUCCCAAAACCAGCAGUCCAGACAAGUCAAAGUGUAAUGGAGAUGAUUGCUAUUGAUAUGAUGGGAUCGUUGAUCGGUUUGUUUGUUUUAUGUCUCUGUCAGGACAAUGCCACAGGCCCCAGUGUGGCUGCAGUAAAGGACAGGCUGAGACAGCUACUGUGUGUGGUGCGUCCCUCCGUGAUGCUGAGUUGCAGGCCUGCUCAGGCCACAGAGGUCAAGGUGAGAGGAGGACAUACGACAACAAAAACACCCCGUCAGCACAUCGUGCUCCUGUCACCCAGUGGCCAUCUCUAUACCUCUCCAUUGAUAGAUAUGCCGAAGCGCUAGAUAGCAACAUAGAUAGGUUGCUUAGUCUCUACACCCCAUGUUCUUGAGUCAGGUGUGUUAGUGCUGGGCUGGAACAAAAGCCUGCACACCCUCUAGCUCUAUAUUUAUACUCUGCACUACAUGGUAUAUGGAAGUGCGUAGUAUCGGCAUGUUCUGUCACCUUCUGUAGGAGGCCAAUAACAAGGUGACAUCACCGCCCAAGCCCCCCCGCGCUCAUGACUGGAAGCUGCUGGUGAAGAAUAUCCGGGUGACGUGUAAGGAGCAGGAGGAUGGUGCUGCAGGUGAGGGACACCACUGGGUCACAACCUGGUUCAACUAUGGAAACGAGUGGCGCAGUGGUCUAAGGCACUGCAUCGCAGUGCUAGCUGUGCCACUAGAGAUCCUGGUUCGAAUCCAGGCUCUGUCGUAGCCGGCCGUGACCGGGAGACAUGGCGGCGCACAACUGGCCCAGCGUCGUCCAGGGUAGGGGAGGGAAUGGCCGGCAGGGAUGUAGCUCCGUUGGUAGAGCAUGGUGUUUGCAACGCCAGGGUUGUGGGUUCGAUUCCAGUAUGAAAAUGUAUGCGCUCACUAACUGUAAGUCACUCUGGAUAAGAGCGUCUGCUAAAUGACUCAAAUGUAAAUGUAAAAUGUGAUCAAAACACUGAAGUGUUGUUACAGCUCCAAAUGUGCCUCAUCUUGAGGUGGCUGCCAGCAGAGAUGACUGCAUCAUGCAACCCAAGGAGCCACUGAGACUUGUGUUCUUUUCUGACCUGUUUAACCCAUUGAACCCGAAUCACUGUGGUUCUACACUUUCCUACAGUAGCAAGGCUGUCAUAGCUGCAGCUCAUCACCCCACAGCAGGGGCAGAGCGUCUCUCCCUCACUCCCUAAAUACAUUAUGGUUGAUAAAUUAGAUGUGUGGUGUUCCCCACUUCUCUCCCAAGUUGCUUAUUUUUCAUUAAAGCAAAGAGGGUAAUUAUGCUGGUAGGGUUUGUUAUGAAAUUGGCUGUGGCCCAAAGCUAAGGAGGCAGCAGCUUUUUGGGGUGUGCUGUCUGAAAAGCUCUACCUAACUGUAGAUAUUUAAUUAAUUAAAGCAAUCCAGGUCCCUUUCAUUGAGUUUCAACCUGGCUUGUCAGUCACUAAUAAAGUUUCCUGCUAUCUUGUAAUGGCUUUAUUCCCCUUAGCUUAGCCUCAGUCCAGCCUGAAGCUGAGUGUUUAGUUAGCCAAUAGCUAGGGCAACGUGUGUCUCUUCCAGUUGAUGCAUUAUUCAUUCCGUUAUGAGCCUGAUAGCCAGACCAAUUUAGCUCAUCCAUUGACAUGUACUAGUCACAAAGUCACUCAAAGUUAUUAGCAUGCUAUUAAACUAAAGUGUUCAGACCAUAGAAAUAGAAUGAACUCAUUCCAGUUCUGUGGUUCAGAUAUCUAAAGUCAAUUUGAUCUAAUGUUCAAAAAUUGGGUUGUCAGUGUACUGUAUUGACUGGUAUUUCAAUAUCCCCAACCCCAAUGUUUGAUUUGUAUGUGAACAUGUAUUUCUGUUCAACUCAUCUUCUGUUGUUUGCACUUUGCAGGCAGUACGAAUCCCCUGUGUGUGCUGCAGCUAGACGACCCUCCACAGAAAUUCUCCACUUUAGUCCUACAGAACACAGCCAGCCCAGCCUGGGACCAGCCCUUCAUCUUGUGAGUCCAGUCUUUACAGAGCCCUGUCUAUAGGGAAAACAAAAAUGAAUUUGUAGCCUGUGAGCUCAAUCGCUUAGUAAACACUUGCCACCAGUUGCAUAAUAUCCAACCCACAGUCCUCCUCUCGCCUUCAUUGUCUUUCUAUUGCUCGUUUUCAGAGUAAAUGUUCCUCUUUUUCUCUUUCUCUCACCAGUGAGCUGAAUGGACGAUCAAAAGAGCUCAAUAUUCAGCUGCUGGAUGAUGGGAAACCUCAGGAGAGUAAGUAUGUCUUUGUUUUGUAUCUCUUUAGGCACAAGGAGAGGGAAUGACACUAAUAAUCUGUCUGAUACACACCCAAAAUAGUUUUACUUUGAAGUUGAUUUUAAGAACAAUGAAAGCUUUAUAUGUCUGACAGCCUUAAAAUGUCCUCUGUUGUCUGUCAUUUUACUCAGAUAUUUUUCCUGUAUGUAUGAAGUCUUGUAAUGGCAAACUGAUUGGGAUGUGUUGUCUUCCUGACAGACUCCAUACUGGGUCAAGUGUCCGUGCCUUUUGAUCUGGUGAAGAAGCAGCCCAAAGGACCGCAAACAUUUGCACUCAUGACCAAAGACCAAGUGACUGGGUCACUUACUACUGAGGUAAGAUCACUACCUUUUAACUUCUUAAUGCAUAUCAAAUGCAUGUCUUUUCCAACACCUUCAUGUUUUACACAAUGUUUUAGAAGUUUUAUUGAAAUUCCAACCAGUUAUACUUGAACACAUAUGAUAAUCAUGUCUUUACCUCCUUUCUCUUGUACCCCAGUUUACCUACCUGGAACCCAGUGAGGUGCGGUCUUGGCAGCCCCCUACUCCAGCCCCCACUAAGAGAGUGGAGAUGGACCGCACGGUCAUGCCCUGCGGUACUGUGGUCACCACAGUCACUGCAGUGAAGAGUAAACCAGGACGACUACUACUGCCUGGACUCAGCAUAAAUACAACCCAGCGUACGUAUUGAAUUAACGUUUAAGAUGGAACACCAAAAAUAUGGCAAGAAGAGACUCAUUUGGAGGUAAUAUAGUCCUUCUUAUCCACAUACUACAGACAACCGUUCUCUGGGGCUUUGAUGUUCAGGCUUUUUGACACAUUACUGUCUCUAGUCUAGUCUUAUCCUUACUAUGAGAUGUUUCUUACAGGAGAUGGGCUUAGAUUAUUUCAAAUAAAAUGUAUCAAAAAUAAAAAAGAUAUUUGUAUUAAGUUAUUAGUUUAUAAGGCAACUAUCCAAGUGAUCUUGUAUGUUUUCAGAGACUCCCUCCAAUCCUCCCAGCGGCACCAUGUCCAAGGUGUCUGGACGGAGGGUGUCAGAGAAGCCGUCCAUGCUGGGGACCAUGGGGAGCAAGGCCUUGUCGUCCUCUGACACAGAGCUGCUCAUGCUCAACGGGACCGACCCUGUGGCCGAGGCCGCCAUCCGCCAGCUCCACGAGUCCGCCAAGCAGAAGCUCAAGUCCCCGGUCAAGAAGAGCACCAUCAUCAUCUCAGGAGUGACCAAGGUACCAUAAUAAUACAUAGGAUUUGUAUAGGGCUUUUCUGAAACCCAAAGACGUACCAUACAGAGCAGCUAGGCAGUACACUCUCUACCUCCAACAGUGGGUUUUCUAUUCUGUACUCCAUUUCCCAGACUCCUCUGUCUCAGGAUGAUGAGAUGGCUCUGAUGGCAGGCUACGCUGCUGCGAUGGACGCCUCUAUGUCAGAUGGGGGAUCUCAGGAGAUUGCUGUGGCAACUGCGUCAGUAGUAAAAGCCAGUAGCAACCCCCCGGAGGUGUCGUCGGACCCCCAGGAGGGCCCCAGUGGAGUGUCCCAGGCUCAAGCCCAGCAGGUCCCGGAGGACUGGGAGUGCCAAGCAGGAGAGGACACAGACAGAGAUGCAGACAAAACCUCAAUGUCACUCUGCAUCUCAGAGUCUGGAUCCAAAAAGAGCAGAGGUGAGAUUUUAUGGAAUGUGCCCUAUGCCAGCCCCGUGCAGACUUUCAACAUCUCAUUGCUGUGUCUAUUUUUGGCCUUAUUCUGUCAUAAAAUAUUCUACUGGGCAUAUCACUUUUGUACCUAUCUUACACUGUUCAAUUCCUAAUGAUCCUGGUCAACACUCCUGUCUGUUAUUUUCUGUCUUUCUCUCCCCCUCUCUCUUUCCAUCUCAUUUAUGUCAUUUCUCAUCAUUCCUUCCUCCUGUCACAAUUUCUCAUCAUGUCUUCCCUUGUCACUUUCUUCUUUGCCAUCUUAGAGGAAACUAAUCAGAAAUUAUUUCCUGAAGAGUAAGUUACCUCACGGACAGCUGUUUGUAGCUUGGUACAGUAGUGACUAGAUUAAAAUGCUAUCCAUCUGUGAAGUGUGACAUUCACAUUUGCUUUCAGAUGGUAUAACAUCCAUUAAAUUUUAGGCUGGAACAGUGCCUAGUUUGGUUGUAAGGAGCAGUUUUAGGUGCAUUCUGUCAAGGUCGGUUCUAUUUUUCAAGUCCAGAUUUAUUAGUUAAUCCACUUUCUCUCUUUGACCUCUUCUUUGUCCGUGUUUGAUUGUCCUUGUUUUCACCUUGAGACUUUGUCCUUGUUCAAUGGUGUUUGUUGUUUACCCACUUACCCUAAUUAACUCCCAUUCAUCAACAUAUGGUUUGCAUAAAGAUGUGGUCCACCUUUCUUCUCCUCCCAAGGUAAAAUUAUCGGUAUCUGGAUGUAUCUGGCAAGGCUUUGUAUUGAAGCGUGUGUCAAGUUUCCUAAACGCUCAAAUGGAGCCGGGAUUUUCCUCUGGGCUCAAAACAAGCCCAAAGGGUGAACGUUGGCCCACAUAUUCACAGUAUCUCUUGCGUAUAACUUGGCUCCAAUUUAUGAGGUGCAUUGUGCAAACAAGAAUUCAUGUUUUUUGCAUUAUCGUAUUAGUGAAUAUAGACUGUGGCAUUAUGAGGGUAGUAGAGGACACUAUCUGACAGUUACUGUCAGCGAGGACAGCAGAGUCCCUGCCCAUUUUCCCAAAACAUCUCAAACCCUACCUCUUCAAACAUAAUUUUAAAAAAUCCCCCCACCCACCCCUCCCUACUCUACUGAUAGCUACGUUAUUGAGGAAAAAUGUACUUUCUGUCUGUGAUAUGUGGUUGUCUUAAGAUUUAAUGCACUAACUGUAAGUCGCUCUGGAUAAGGGCGUCUGCUAAAUGACUAAAAUGUAAAAUGAAUUAUAUUAAUUUAGGACAACCUUCUCUGGUUUCCUCCUCUCCCUCCCACCAGGAGGCAGCUUCCUGCACAGGAGUGCCAAGCUGUUCUUCCGCCGGCGCCGCCAGUGCAAGGACCCGGGGAUGAGCCAGUCGCACAACGACCUGGUGUACCUGGAGCAGCCUGUGACGGUAGAACGGGAGAAACGCACGGCCACCUUCAGCCGGAUGCUGAACCGCAAGCUGCUGCCCAAGAGCAAAGCCAACGGCUCCACCACCACCACCACCACCACCACCCAAACCCUGACACCCGCUCCUACCCCGGGGGAGCAGCAUGCAGCAUGA